CCAUCACUCCAUCAACACUCACGCCCACAGUAUCUUCUCGUGAUCAAUCGACUACCUCCGGUGUCAAUUCGUUACAAAAUGUUUUCCAGACAGGUUUUUAGGCCAGCGCAGACGCUGCAAAGGCAAGUGCGCAACUAUGCCUCAGAAGCUCCCAAAAGCGGCGGCAACAAAACCGUGCUCUAUACCGGAGUGGCCGCUGGAGCUCUCUCCGGCGGCUACCUCUACACUCGAGGCAGCACCCCGACUGGUCAAGCUGGCAACGCGCCGCCUUCAAAGGAAGCGAACAAGAUUCCGGGUUUGACGGCUCAACCAGGAAAGCCAGCUUUUACGGGAGGAGACCAGGGCUUUUUGUCGCUGAAGCUGGAGAGCUCCGAGAUCAUCAACCACAAUACGAAGAAGCUCACCUUUGCUUUGCCCGAGCCCGAUAUGGACAGCGGUCUGCACGUCGCUUCGGCUGUCAUCACCAAAUACAAGGGAGCCGAGAUGGAGAAGCCCGUCAUCCGGCCCUACACUCCUACGAGUGAUGUUGACCAGAAGGGAACUGUUGACUUCAUCAUCAAAAAAUACCCCAAUGGCCCCAUGUCCUCCCACCUUCAUGAUAUGGAGCCCGGCCAGCGUCUUGAUAUCAAGGGCCCUAUCCCAAAAUACCAGUGGGAAACGAACAAGCAUGAGCAUGUCGCAAUGAUUGCUGGUGGCACAGGAAUCACACCCAUGUGGCAAGUCGCCAAUGCUAUCUUCAAGAACCCCGAGGACAAGACUCAAGUCACUCUCGUCUUUGGUAACAUUAGCGAACAAGACAUUCUCAUGAAGAAGGAGCUUGAGCACCUUGAGAACACCUACCCCCGUCGCUUCCGCGCCUUCUACGUCCUCGACAACCCCCCAGAGCAGUGGCAGGGUGGCAAAGGUUUCGUGACCAAGGAGCUUUUGAAGACGGUACUUCCGGAACCCAAGGAAGGCGAGAAGAUUAAGAUCUUUGUCUGCGGUCCCCCACCCAUGUACAAGGCUAUCAGCGGAGGAAAGAAGAGUCCGUCGGAUCAGGGCGAGCUGGCUGGUUACUUGAAGGAGCUCGGGUACAGCAAGGAUCAGGUGUACAAGUUCUAG